UGGUAAACAACUUUUUGCCGGUAUUUAUUUACACGGGUAUUUGAUAGCAAAGUUGGCAGAGCGAUUAUCUUAUUUCUUUCUGAUAUAACUUCCUGUUUUAAAUCGAACAUGAACUAAAAAGAAAUACAACUGAAAUGGCAAGCCGUCCCCGAUUGUUGGUUGGGGCAAUAGACUUUGGAACAGCGUUUUCCGGUUGGGCUUUCUCUUUCAAGCACGAGUAUGAACAAGAUCCUACAAAGGCCACUGUUAAAGUUUGGAAUGCAGGAACACUUACCACAGAGAAGACGCCAACGUGUAUAUUAUUGCAACCAGAUGGGACCUUUGAUUCUUUUGGUUACGACGCAGAAAAUAGAUACAGGGGGCUUGCAGAUAAAAACCUUCACACGGAAUACUAUUUCUUUAGACACUUUAAAAUGUCACUCUUCAAAAAUCUUGGAAAGGAAAUAAAAAGAGGCAUGGAAAUAAGUGAUGAAAUGGGCAAGCAGUUCCCAGCCAAGGAUGUAUUUGCAAUGUCUAUUAAAUACCUUGUUGAUGAUAUGAUGGUGACUGUUGGGCAACGACUUGUCGGAGAGUUAAGGUCUCAUGAAAUUCACUGGGUUUUGACAGUUCCAGCAAUAUGGUCGGACGCUGCAAAGCAGUUUAUGAGAGAGGCGGCAUCGCAGGCUGGUAUAGAAAACGAGCAACUGACAAUUGCUCUUGAACCUGAAGCAGCAUCUAUAUAUUGCCGUCAUUUACCUGUAGAUGCCACCUCGAAAGAGAGCAAAAUGACAAUAUCCAAUUUACCUACAGGCACAAAAUACAUGGUUCUGGAUGCAGGAGGUGGAACGGUUGAUAUCACGGUCCAUGAAGUACAAGACACAGACACACUAAGGGAAGCUAAAGCAGCAAAUGGAGGAGAAUGGGGCGGAAUCAUGGUAGACCAGGCAUUCAAAGAUUUCCUUAGAGAACUUGUUGGUGAAAAUGUAUUUGAGACAUUUGAAUUGAAAGAAACAGAAGAUUGGUUGUAUAUGGUGCGGGACUUUGAAGCUAAGAAGAGGGAAAUAAGAAUUGAAUCAGAACGUUUCAUAAGCAUGCGCUUUCCCGUAUCUCUCAUUGAACUAUGUGAACAGGAAAAACGAAUGAAAUUCCCAGAUAUAAUUGCAUCAACUAGAUAUGCCGAAGUUGUGGAAGUAAAGCGUGACAAAAUCAAAAUGUCUAAAGUUGUAUUCUUCUACAUGUUUGGACAGUCUAUACAGUCAACUAUUAGUCACGUGAAAUCAGUCUUUAAUGACAUGAGUUUGAGAAAUGUUAAUAUCAUUCUGAUGGUUGGCGGUUACUCGGAGUCACCAUUGUUACAGCAUGCCGUCCAUGAGGCCUUUCCGGCAAAAAAGGUGGUCAUUCCUCCAAGUCCAUCUUCAAGUGUAUUGAGAGGAGCCUUAAUAUUUGGACAUAAACCUUUGGCAGUAAGUGAGAGAAUACUAAGGUAUACGUACGGUGUUGACAUAAGUUUACCGUUCGUAGAAGGAACACAUCCAGAAAGUAAGCGGUUCAGUACAGACGAAGGUGAUAGAUGUAGGAACAUCUUUGAAUCAUUUGUCACAAAACAUCAAAUUGUAAAGACUGGAAAAACGCAGGUUAAGCAAUAUUUUGAAACUGUUCACAAAUACCAAUCCCGAAUGAACUUGAGUUUCUUCAUUUCUGAAGAGACACAUCCACAAUAUAUUGAUGAAGCUGGCUGCACAAAAAUAGGAGACAUUAAAAUACACUUAAAAGAUCCUGAUGACGACGCUAAUCGAAGUGUCACUGUUUCUAUGGAAUUCGGUGGAACAGAGAUCAUUGUAGAUGCGGAAGAUGAAAAGACAGGGGAUAAAACCAGGGUGAUACUUGAUUUCCUAGGUUAAUAACAUUCUUAAGUACACAAUUCUUUUCUUAAAAGUGUUCUACGUUCUUCUGUGGAGUAAAGGAAAAUAAAACUAACAUAUACUUCAUGUUGUUAUAGACCAAGAAAAACACCCCAUGGAAUAAAUAUGUAACAACGUUAACGAAUACAAAACUAUUUAUAUAAUGACAGUAUUAAAAAUCAAAGCCUUGAAAUGUCUGAUGGUUGCGGGUUGUUGGUAAAUUUAUUUUCUGUUUAAAUGCCAGUCUAUGAAUAUACAUGAAUGAGAAACAAAUACAAAUUUAAAGUGCCUCUUGUCUAAGAUGAACUCUGCCUGACCCAGCUUGUGAUGUAACCAUGGGCUGGAAUGCCUUAUCAUUGAUAUAUCUUAUAUAAUCUAAAUGGUCAGUGCUAGUGGAUAAAGGUUGAAUAAGAA